AUGGAGGCACCUACCUACACUGUUGCACGUCCUGAUUCUACUUUUGUAAUAACUGAUACCGGUACCGGUACCGUCCCGCCCGCCAGUGAGAUUCCUUCCGGAAUUGUAGUCUAUGGUCCCACCACUACAGUUACUGGGAAUCAGCCGUAUGCUACUUAUACUCUCGAAAGUGGCUCUGCAGUCGAAGUGUUUUCCACUUAUAGCCAAAAUAGCAUUGACCCCAGCCAGGUUCCUUCUGGAUAUACACUUAUCGGUCCCUCUACUACAGUUGUCGGAAAUUCCCCUAUAAGUUCAACUCCCACAGCAUCUGAUGCGCCCGUGUCCUCUGGACCAACCUUAGCUACCGAUAGAUCUCUAACUAGUAGUUCUUUAACUUCUGGUCACGUUUCGGCUAGUGGGCAUUCAGGCUCCAGCAGCCCUACUUCCGGCAAAAUUCCGAACACUUGGGGUAACUACGGACCUGGACCUACGGUCACAAAAUCGGGAACGAUUGCUUAUAAUAGACCCAAUUUCGAUUUAGGAUGUUUCUUAGCCAUCGGAAUGAACAUAGCAUAUUGCUGUUGGAUAUCUCUAAUUGAACGUUAUGAUUGGACAGAAAGCGAUAAAAGAGAGCUUCACAAAAGUAAUAAAGAGAGAGAUAAAAAGUAUAGUUUUCAUGAUUCCUUUGAAAAUAGAACCAGUUACGCAUUGACGUUGAUGGUGGUAGGCCCGCCAACGAGCGAAUCGACCACGCCUGCUAUUAAAUGGGGAAUAUCUACGAUCGGAAAAUCGAGUGUGACGAGAAAAAAGUGGAUGGGCAAACGACAAGAACCUAGAACUAAAACAUGGAAGUUGUAA